CCCCACCAAGGUGGUACCCCUGGGGAACGACCUCCAGUGGGGAGUGGGAAGGAAGAAAAGGACGGGAUCGACGCGAAAGAGGGGGGCCCUAAAAUAAUGACUCGUCUGGCCGUCCCCUUUGAGGCGCACGCGUAGUGGCAGACAGAGGCGCAGCCAAGGGGAGCAGCCCAUAGGAGCACCCACCCACAGAGGCAGUCGCUCAAAAAGGCAUCCACCCACAAAGUCGCUCGCACUCCCACUCACCCCCAGAGGCAGUCGCUCCCCCCCCACGACGAAAUGGCCGCGCUGGGUCCACUGCUCGGCCUCCUGCUGUGGGUGUGCACUGCAUGGCGCGGCGCGCGGGGGUUCUACUUCAACGUGGAAAAUGAGCUGAUCUCGAAGGACACCAACAUGAAGAGGUGCUUCCUCGAGCACUUCGUGAAUUUCAAAGGAGAAGUGGUGCAGGUCUGUCUGGACCAGAUCCCCUCCAGAGUGGUAAACCAAUACAACAUCUUGAUCAGCUCCUAUGGGGAAGACAAGCAGUGGAGAAUGCAAAGCAAAGUGCUGAGUGGCCACACGACGAAGCUGCUCAGGUAUUUCUACAGCUUCACAAAUGGACAGCAGCUAGUGGUGGUCUUCUGCUUUAACAAGAAUCUUUCGAAACCACCGUACGAGUGCUUCAGGAGCAUCACAGACGAUUUGAAGACGUUGAAGACGGAGAAGAUACAAAUAGACUUGCGGAUGUUCGAGCCGUCCUCCUUCAGUGACUACGCGCUGAGCUCCUUCGACCUCUUCGGCGUGGGGAACUUGCUCAUUUGCGGCGUGAACAACAAGCGAAAUGCAAAGCCUAAUGUGGGGCUGCUCGUCAUCUGCCACGCCAGCGCGGACGGGGGGCUCACCUGGGGGAAGAGGCUCCACUUCUACCACCCCAACAUGGACAAACACACGACGUACGAGAGCCUGGUGCCGAAGAUCAGCGGAAACGAAAUCGGCUUCCAGUACCUGGCCUCCAAGGUGUCCCUGACGAAGUACUUCAAAUGUGCCUACAAGAAGGACCACGACUUUGAAUGCCAAGACGUUAACCUGGUGAGAGAGCAGAGCUACAUUUGGGACAUUGCCAAGGUGCGGGGGUACUACGUGGCUCCUCUGUCUGACGGGAAGGUCCCCCCGUGUACCAUAUACUAUAUGUAUAAUAACACCUAUUUGAUGCCGCUAGAAGUUCCGAAGAGCGUUGGGGCAGAGUACCACCGAGGGAACCUCUUCCCAUUGGAUAAUAAGCGGUUGGUCUAUAACUACGUGAAUGAGAAGGAGACCUACACAUAUGUGCUGUCCCACACAGGAACGGUUAAGUACUGCACGCUGAUGUACAUAAAGAGGGACUACAUGAAUGCGGGGUUUGUAAAGCGAGGCAAUAAAUACUACUGCGAUGUGAAUUACGACGAUUUAACAGUCGAAGGGGAGGAUAGGUUCUUCACAGUCAGCAUAUAUAAUGGGGUAAGACAAGACAUAAGGAAGUGCUUCUACUUGAGAUAUGACAGCUCAUUAGAACCCGUCAACAUUGUGCAUAGGAUCGAAAAUGUCUACGAGUAUAGCAAUUUUAAGCUCUACACUUUAUAUAUUAAGAAAGAUGUGGAGGCGUAUUUCCUAAAAGAUAUGACUCUGGACUGCUACCUCGGGGAAGACUUCUACCUCUCUCUCCACAUCAACUUUAAAAAUAAUUUUAUUUUAGAUAACACGGAUGUGAAUCAAUCUGUUGUGAACCUCUUCCCAAAGAAUAUCAUUUACUUGAAACUGCCAGAUGCACGCUCGCAAAAUUUGCUAAGCAAGGUGUCCUUCCCUCCGAACACCAGGUACAUUAAGGUGGAUGACUAUUACUACAUUUUUAAACUCCCCUCCUUUGUUGCCUCGCAGUCCACUACGCAGAUGCUCUUCCUCAGCAACAACGGGUCGCAGAAAACGCAAAAUAAAAAUGUCACUUUCCAUGCCGGGGGAGUUAAGGAACCCAUUUUGGGGGUCGACUUCUCUCGAACGAGUAAAAUAUGUGCCUAUGCGGGGGAUGAAAGCAACUGCGAUAGGGUGAAGGUGCGGGGGAACAAGGUUAGCGUCACUGUUAACAUGGGGGUUGCCGCUGAUCCGGCCGCUGAUCCGGUCACUAAGCCGCCUAGUGAGCCGCCCACGAAAAUCACCCUGGGGAUCAUCUGCCCCGUUAACAAGAAGAACAAAAACACCUGCUUCAACGAAAUUUACGACAAGAAGAAAAAGAUUUUCAUUCGGGAUCACCUCAAGGACAGCCAGGGCUACCUCACCAUCUACCCCAAGACCUACGUGCACACUUCCUCCCCGGGGGCGGAGAUGUUCGAGGAGUCCCUCCUCGUCUUGACGCCCCAGUUCAUCGAGCGCUACAACGCCAACCGGGCCAAGUACAACGGCACCUUCCACUGCAAGUGUUACGCGAACGGCCGCGCCUACGAGGUCGCCUUCAGCUUCGCCUAGCGGUUUUAGCGGUUUUAGCGGUUUUAGCGGUUUUAGCGGCGUGGGAUCGGUUUCAGCGGCGAAUUGCAAUCGAUGUGUAAACCACGUCGGGCUCACCCCCCACGCCGCCGCACUUUUUUUUCUUUUCCUUUUCACACACCUGGAGUGUACGUACACGCCCCUAAGCAGUUGAGGGGCGAUUUUGCGGCCCCGUAACUUCGGCUGCGUAGCAGUUUAACCGCCACGUGAGGUGAACCAGUGAUAGGGGCAUUUAAGAUGAUCGCGCUGUUUAGGCAGCUAGGA